GUUGACCUAGCGCAUCGACUUCUUUUUCUAUAUUCUGAGAGAAUCAGCACGUAUUCGACUUUCCCAGCGAAAGUCCAAAGUGUCCCACCAUGCCUAAAGCAGCGUCUUCUCGCUCCGCCGCCGCUCGCCGGCACAAUCCUCUGGCUGAGGAUAUGUUAACACCAGCGGGCCAUUUGAGAACACAAGCAACCAAAAAGGCCAAUCGCAAGUCCCGUCAAGAUGAGGAUCAGGAAGACAGCGAGAGAUUUAUCGAUGCAAAGAUGUCUCGCAAGAUCUUGCAAAUCGGGCAGGAAUUGGCGGAGGAGGAUGCCGCAGAGCGAAAAGUCUCAAUGGGUUCCGCUACAGACAAGCUGAAUACUGCUUUUGACUUCGAGUCUCGGCUGGAUGACGAAGAGUUGCUCUCUGAUGACGAGCAGUUUCAGGACGAGCAAUGGGACGAUGUGGAGGAAGUAGAAGAAGUGGAGGUCGACCCUAACGACCUUGACAUGUUUCAUAAGUUCGUUCCAGGAGGAGAUGAAGAUCCCAUUUUCAAUCCCCGUGAUCCGAACGCCGAGGGUCAGACUACGAAUCUUGCCGACUUGAUCCUCGAGAAGAUCGCAGAACAUGAAGCCAGGCAGGCCGGCGAAGGCGGACAAUUCAUUCAAGGUGGAGGGCUGCCAGAAGAUGCUGUGCAGAUCCCUGCGAAAGCGGUCGAAGUUUAUGAGAAGGUCGGAAUGAUUCUUUCUCGCUACAAGUCUGGUCCCCUCCCGAAACCAUUCAAGAUUCUCCCGUCUGUUCCCAACUGGCCCACUCUUCUGUCGAUCACUCGCCCAGAAUCUUGGUCUGCCAACGCCGUUUAUGCCGGUACAAGAAUCUUCAUUUCCUCGAAGCCUGCAGUUGCACAGGAAUUUAUCUCGACAGUAUUGCUUGAUCGUGUGCGUGAAGAGAUUCACGAGACCAAGAAGCUCAACGUUCAUACCUACAAUGCCAUGAAAAAGGCACUUUACAAGCCUGCUUGCUUCUUCAAGGGGCUGUUGUUUCCUUUGGUCUCGAGCGGAACAUGUACCCUUCGUGAGGCCCACAUUGUCUCCUCCGUCAUUGCUCGGGUUUCAAUUCCGGUUCUGCAUUCGGCGGCUGCUUUGCUUCGUAUGUGUGACCUUGCUGCGGAACAGUCCCUGCGAUCUUUAGAGAGUACUGGUGCGGUGAAUGUCUUCAUCCGCAUCUUCUUGGAGAAGAAAUACGCGCUCCCAUACAAGGUCAUUGAUGCGCUCGUCUUUCACUUCCUGCGAUUCCGCGCAAACGAAAAUGCGGACGAGUCGAUGAUGACUGACGUCCCUAGCCGUGACGCCAAGGCGUAUAAACUUCCUGUUCUGUGGCACCAGUCGUUGCUCGUGUUCGCCCAGCGCUAUCGCAACGAUAUUACUGAGGAUCAACGAGAGGCUCUCCUAGAUUUGCUCUUGGUUCGAGGUCACAAGGACAUCGGACCCGAGGUUAGGCGUGAGUUGCUCGCCGGUAGAGGAAGAGGAGUUGUUGCCCCUGAUCCGGAGCGACAGGGUGCAGUCGAUGCUGGAGACGAUACGAUGGAUGUCACAUUGUAGUCACAUCGCCAUGAAGUUUUGUCUCUGGGAUGACUCAACCUUCUGCAUUUAGCUAUGAUAUGAUCACGGGUCGUGACCGGCAUGGGCGUUAUCUGGGGGCAUUCGAUUUGGCACAUGAUCUUAUUUUGGUUUUUUUUUUUUUUUUUCUUUUUUUCUUU